AAAUUGGAAAAAGUAUGAAUAGUGUAUUUUCAAUAGAAAUUUGAUAAGAAAAAAUGGGAAUUUCUGGAUAAAAUUGUGAAACAAACAUGAUCUCGGUUUUAUGAAUAGUAUAAAACUGGAAAGUGGGUUUGGAAAUGAAACCAAACAUCCCCAUAGUCUCUACUCUUUGCCCAGAUUAAAUAAUAAUUAAGCAGCUGGAAAAAAAUAAACUGAGAUCUUCUCACUUUCCGAUUCCGGCGUGUCUUCCCCGCCGGACAACCGCCGUCUCCAAUGUUUCCGAGAUUGAUUCAUCCUCGCGACGCCAUUUUAAGCCAAGAGAACAUUCAGGUGCCCAACAGCAGCGGGUAUGGUCAACGGGGCGACCCGUGUCUCGUCCUCACAUCCGACCCGAAGCCCCGACUCCGGUGGACCGCUGACCUCCAUGAGCGCUUUAUCGACGCCGUUACUCAGCUCGGUGGCGCAAGCAAAGCUACUCCAAAAGCUAUUCUGCGCACAAUGGGUGUCAAGGGAUUGACUCUAUUUCAUUUGAAGAGUCAUCUCCAGAAGUACAGAUUAGGAAAGCAAUCCGGGAAAGAAUUCGAGGCUUCAAAAGAUGGUGGGUACCUUUUGGAUAGCCCUGGUGCCAGCAAUUCUUCUCAGAACUUAUCAGCAUCUGACAUAAAUGAGGGUUAUGAAGUCAAGGAAGCAUUAAGAGCACAAAUGGAAGUCCAAAGCAAACUACACUUGCAAGUAGAAGCAGAAAAACAUUUGCAGAUUCGACAAGAUGCUGAGAGAAAAUACAUGGCUAUGCUGGAAAGAGCAUGCAAGAUGCUAGCUGAUCAGAUACUCGGUGGAAAUGACGAUGGAGAUUGUUAUCAGGGAGGAAAAGCAACACAGGCAAUAAUGCCUAAUGGUCCUCAAAAUCCACUCUUGUCAUAUGCAUCACAAUCUGCGAACGAGUUGGGGGUCCCGCCCCCCUUAGAAAUGCCUCCAAAUCUACGCCAACAACUUGCCGAUUGUUCCACCGAAAGCUGCCUUACUUCACAUGGGAGUCCCGUGGGAUUGCCUGCAGAAGGGUCUUCGCCUGGAGGAAAGAGAGCGAUUCUAAAUGUUGGCUCCACAAAUGCCUCGUUUGUGUGGAGUGAAUCUGACGUGUACAACCCGGUUUGCAUAUAGUACGACUGUACGAGGUAAGUGUAUUGCUUGUUUUGGGGGGAGAAGUGGCGGAAAAGCUUACUAGGUCUAACUAAAUCACUUAUUUACAAGCUGUAAAUUAAAGCUGCUGGAUGUUUUGUUGUCAAGAAUGGUGACUUAUUUCUUCUUGUGUUCCUUAUUUCAUCGUUGCCACGUGUUUCUUUUUUCCUUUUUUUAUUGUCAACAUUCAGUUUGAACUUUGUUUUCGGUAUGUGUUUAACCUUGGUAACUGAUGUUGUAAAUGGAGUUUCUCGAACGAAGGUGUGGAAUUUUCAAGAAAGUAAGGCCCUUAUGUUUUGGCCGGGACUUGAGAAAGCAUUGAUUCGGCAGCGUUUGGCUGUUUGCCGAAGCACUUGUGAAUAGAUUACUUUUUUUUCUU